GGGAAUUCGUUAGCUCUGCUCUUUGAUGCCUGACUGCGCUGUGAUCGCAGCUCCUGCUCCAGAGCCCAGUGCCAGCCGAAAAUCCUUCGCAAACAAACGGCUUCAGACGAGGCCUCUUGGCACGGCUGGCUGCCAGCCCCACGGCUGGCCUCCCAGAUCCCCACCGGGAGAGCUUCACGGCCGCCCAGGCCCCCGGUUACCUCCAGCAGUUCCCCCCAGGGACCUACAGCCGCAUCCCCUCGGCAGCCAGGCCCCACAACCCGCAGUGCCGGCCGGACCCCCGGGACAUAGAGCAGCAGUUCCCCUCCUCGAGCUCCCCGCUGGGGGAGCCGGAUCCCGGUACCGCCAUCCCCAGCAGCGGGGCCGCGUCCUCCAGGGACUCCGCGUCGGUAGCAGCGGGCGCCCAUCGCCGGCGCCUCGGGGCGGGCCGUGGCGGGCCGGGCGGCUGCGCACACGGGGCGGCCGGGCCCGCCUCCGCCGCUCGACACGGCAGCACCGCGGACAGCGCCAGUCCCGCCGCGCCGCCCGGCACGGCCCCGGUGACAGCGCCGGUCCCCCCGGCACAGCCCAGCCCGGCCCGGGCCCCCCCCGCGCCAUGGCCACGGAGGUUCACAGCCUGCAGGAGCUGCGGCGCAGUGCAUCUCUGGCCACCAAGGUCUUUGUGCAGCGGGAUUACAGCGAUGGGACCACGUGCCAGUUCCAGACAAAGUUCCCCCCCGAGCUGGAGAGCCGGAUCGAGAGGCAACUCUUUGAGGAAACAGUGAAAACCCUUAAUGGUUUCUACGCUGAGGCAGAGAAGAUUGGGGGCAGCUCCUACCUGGAGGGGUGCCUGGCCUGUGCCACUGCCUAUUUCAUCUUCCUCUGCAUGGAGACACACUACGAAAAGGUCCUCAAGAAGAUCUCCAAGUACAUCCAGGACCAGAACGAGAAGAUCUAUGCACCACGGGGGCUGCUGCUCACCGACCCCCUGGAGCGUGGCAUGAGGGUUAUUGAGAUCUCCAUCUACGAGGACCGGUGCAGCAGUGGCAGCUCCAGCAGCGGCAGCUCCAGCAGCAGCAGCAGUGGGGGGGGGCGGCGGGGCGGGGGGCCGGUGACUGGCAGGGGGUCCCUGCAGGGACUCGUAUUGCCAGGACAGUGGUCUCUCCGAGCUCCGCAGGCUGCACUACCAGAGCACCCGCUUCUGAGCCCAGAGAGGGCGGGAGGGGGAGGCCAGGGGCUCCCACCCCUGUCUGCUCUGUGCCCCCCGCAGCAGCUCUGCCCCUGCUCAGACCCACUGUGGGCAGGGGCUGGUGCUGGCGCAAACCAGGUGCUUCCUACUGAGCCAAACUGGUGCCAAGGGGCUGCUUCAGCCCGCCGGGUGCUCGGUGCUGCUUCCCCUGCCCCAAGCAAAGGAGCUUGCUGUGGGCAGCCCUGGCUGGCAGUGCCCUGCGUGCCAUGCAUCAGGGAGCAGCAGGACUGGUAAAGCCUCAGGCAGCACUAAGGAGAGACACACACUCAUCCCCAAGCCCAUGGGCGCUGUCAGCCCUUGCUGCACCCCCUCCUUGGGAUUUCCCGCUCUUGGUGGUGCGGGGUGGGCUCAGGUGCUGCGUGCCCACUGCCCAGGGUGCCUGGCAGAGUCCUGACGCUGCUUCAUCUGCAUGAUGGUGCCGUGCAUUCACCCCAGCCCUGCCCCACACACUGCCCAUUGCUGCUCCACAGCCCCGUCCUUCAGCACUACCCACGACACUGGGCAUUUGCUUCUGCUCCCUGCCUGACCCGGUGCCAUCCCCAGCUGGACCCAGAAAGCUCCCCAUCCCCAAGCCACAUGCCCCAGGCUCAUGCACAGCCCAGCACAGAGGAGGCUGAGCUGUGGCAUGGGUGAGCCAGGCUCCCUGCCCAGUCCUGGCAGCCCUCUGCCUGCUCUGCUCCAUGACCACUCCCAAUGCAGGGAGGGUGCCCAGUGGAGCAGCUCCACCAGGACCCUUCCUCUCCUGCUGCUGAGCCCUCUCUUGCCCACACAUCCUGCAUGCAUCUGCCACCAGCACCCCAAUUCUCAGCCUGGCCUGCAGUGGGGACCCCAAGGGGCACCUGGGCCUGACUGCAAGGUCUGGGAUUCAUAGGCCAGGGCCAAAUGGGGAGGAAUAGGAGGGUCCCUGUGACAUCCAGCACCUCGAGGAGAAGAUUCCCUGCCUGAGUGCAGGGCUGAACCGAGGCGGCAUCGCUCUCCCGGGACCCUGGAGGGAGGGCUCUGCCCUGUGGGACUCCCUUUGGCUCUGUCAGGGAGUGUGUGUGGGGUGGCCCUGGCUGCACCAUCCCCACAGGGGUCCUCCUGCAUGGAGACCUUCCUCAAUAAACCCUGGCUUCAUCCCUCA